AUGUCCGCCGAAAAGCGUCCCGCCGACGAUGAUCCCAUCUCUUCUCAGUCACUCGUGAAGCGACAGAAUGUCAACUCUUCAACAGGCGCAGUUGCGCGUUUGAACGCGUCAAGCAAUGCGUUGGUCCAAUCUGCACCAAGAACAAGCGGGCUUCAAGCUCCUGUUAUGGAACUAUCAGGACACUCGGGCGAGAUUUUUGCAGCCAAAUUCGAUCCCACAGGCAACUUGAUUGCAUCCGGAGGAAUGGACAGGUCUCUAAUGCUAUGGAGAACCUACGGCGAUUGCGAAAACUACGGCAUAUUGAAUGGUCACAAAGGUGCCAUUUUGGACUUGCAAUGGUCCCGCGACUCGGAAAUUCUAUACAGCGCAUCGGCUGAUAUGCACCUCGCGAGUUGGGAUCUGACGUCAGGCACCCGAAUCCGUAGAUAUGUUGGACAUGAAGAGGUCAUCAACACAAUGGGCAUCAGCAGACGAGGAGAGGAGAUACUGGUCAGUGGCAGCGACGAUUCAACCAUCGGAAUCUGGGACCCUCGAUCGAAGAACGCCGUCGACUAUAUUCAGACCGAGUUCCCCAUCACCGCAAUUGCCGUGUCAGAAGCUGGUAACGAGAUAUACGCAGGCGGUAUCGACAAUGAUAUCCGAGUGUGGGAUUUGCGAAAGAAGUCAGUUAUAUACUCGAUGCUGGGCCAUUCAGAUACCAUCACUUCGUUGAAAGUUUCGCCAGACUCUCAAUCGCUUGUCUCGUAUGCUAUGGACUCUACCGUACGAACAUGGGAUAUCCGACCAUUUGCACCUACAGAACGACACAUCAGAACUUUUGACGGCGCGAACACGGGAAUUGAGAAGAACCUUCUGGGAGCAAGCUGGGAUUCAGAGGGCAAGAGAAUCGCAGCAGCAUCAGGUGACGGAACCGUCAUGGUAUGGUCAAGCGAAACAGGCAAGCUCGCCUACAAGCUUCCUGGCCACAAGGGCACGGUCAACUGCGCCGAAUUCUCUCCAGGAAAGGAGCCUAUUCGUAAGUGUUUUGUCCUCCAUUUCGAGUCGGUAAACUAA